GACUGUCUGUCUGUCUGUGUGUUUGUGAUACGAUUUUGGGACUUAAAUUAUAAAAUGAGAGUGGUUCUGCUGACGGCUCUGCUGGCCUUGGCUGCGAUAGCUAAGGCUGACGACUCUACAACCUUCGAAGAUGACACAAAGGAUGACAGGGAUAAGAGACAGACGCCCUUCUACUCUGGCGGUCUGACGGGGUUCAGGCCAACCCCCAAGCCACAGCCCUUCACUGGAGGGCUGCAACAAACUAACCUACCACGCUUCCAGGGGCAGCUGUCGUCUGCACCUCAGGGGUUCCGCACGGUAACCCCAGUUGACGAGGAAGCUGAUGAAAUUGAUAGAAACACUGUCUCUCCGACCCCUCAGCCCCUUGUCCUCAGACAACAACAAUACACCGCCCAGCCGACACAAUAUCGUCCUGCGCCCUCCCCUACACCUCAGGUUGUGCUCAGGUCUCGUCCCCAGCCUCAGCAGUCUGAAUACAGACGUCCUCAACAACAACAGCAGCAGCAACGGUUCAGAGUUAACCCACAACAACAGCUGACUGAAGAGCAGUUGGAAGAGCUGGAGGAGGAGAAGGAGGAGCCUGAUCGCUUGACUCUGCUGCUGCCUCAGAGCAAAUUCGACUGCCACGGACUCAAGACUGGAUACUACGCUGACGAGGGCCUCAACUGCGAAGUGUUCCAUUACUGUCAGGACAACGCUCGCCACUCGUGGAUCUGCCCUGAGGGAUUCCUCUUUCACCAGGUCCAUUUGAUCUGUAUGCCGCCAAGCAGUGACAACAUUUGCCAACAGUCCUCGCAGUACCACUUUGUCAACGACUUCCUCUACAAGCCCAUCAACCAGGAAGAGUUUGACAAGAAGCCCAAUGUAACGCUCAGAUACUCCGACAGAUAUUACCCAGAGAACUACUAUGAGGAAGGCCAGGCCUACGAGAGCAGGCCAGUUCCAGUGAAGGCUAGUAGGCCAGUACAGCAGCCUACACCCCUCAGGCCAUCCCCUUCACCACAACAGUUCAGAGCAAACCAAGUCUUCCACUCUCCAGAAGAGGUCAACAUCCCUCUUCAGCACAGAAGACCUGUAACCCAGCCUCAGAGAACGUACCCUACAACUAGCAGCGAGGAGUACGAAUACUGAACACUAUGACUCUUGAUCACGUCAGAACGCGAGUGUGAAUCGAACAAUUCAGUGUUACCGGGAGUCGUUCAUCAGCCACUCGGUAACCAGCAAACUGCUCAAUGCAACUUAAGUCAGUGAAUUUAAAAAAUUGACCAGCAAAAUGAUGGUUUGAAUCUGCAAUGUUAUAAAAACACGUGACAGUGCAGCGUUUUUGAUUUUGUAUGUAUUAAAUCAACUCUUUGUUUUAUUUACCUAAAAAUUGUAGGUAAAGAUUCUACUGACUUUGUCACCAAAUGUUACAUGGUUAAAUUCUCUCUACUCAUUACUUAUCUUUGGUAUACAGUAUUACCUUUUGAGUAAUACUUCUGUAUCUGUAUAAGUGUGCAGCCAUGAAAAUGUAAUUUGUGGUUGAUGUAUUCUACUCAUUUUAUACUUAGCUAUAUUGUUAUUGUUAUUGUAAAUAGCCUUAAGUCAAAUAAACUAGUAUAGGGAUUAAAGACAAA